CAAUCGUUGCCUAGGCCAGGUAUAAAAGCAAAACUUCAUAGACACAUUUGUCAGUUAGUUAAAGCUGCUGCAUUGCUACGCAUCUACCUGUAGUCUCGUCGUCACCUAGUCGCUCUCCACUCUCAACUUUCAACAUGAAAUUCCUACUCACGCUGCUGCUGCUCGGAGUGGUGCUGGUUGCCGCCGAGGAGAAGUACACCACCAAAUAUGAUAACCUGGAUGUGGAUGAGAUUUUGAAAUCGGAUCGACUCUUCACCAACUACUUCAAGUGCCUGGUGGACACUGGCAAGUGCACACCCGAGGGCCGGGAGCUGAAGAAGUCCCUGCCGGACGCCUUGAAGACGGAGUGCAGCAAGUGCAGCGAAAAGCAGAGGGCCAACACAGACAAGGUGAUUCGCUUCAUCAUCGACAACAAGCCGGAGGAGUGGAAGCAGCUGCAGGCCAAGUUCGAUCCCGAGGAUAUUUACAUCAAGCGCUACCGCGCACAGGCCACCGACGCUGGCAUCAAGAUCUAAACGCAAUCUUGAUCUACAUACACGCAUUAUUAUAUUGCCAAAAAAUUUAUAAUUGUUGUUAGCUGUUAUUAUAUGUCUAUCUGCUCAUCUAAAUUUGUACAUGAUUCGAUCGUACGCUCAAUAAAGAGAUUUAUUUUGUAA